AUGUCGUUUCCACUGCCAAAGAAGUACUACCUCCUGGUGCACGAUGCGGUUCGCAAGGUGGUUGGGGCAGACGCGGAGAUCGCCGCCUUCGUGUCGUCGAAGGGGAAAUUUCAGUGCGACAUGCUCGUCAACGCCGCCGCCACCGACCCUGACCUGGCGGGCCCCGCAGGCGCCGGCGGGAACGCCCACGUGCGGGACUUUGCGCUGGGGCUGCAGCGGUACUUGGGCAGCUGCGACGUUGUCGUGCGGCGUCGGCGCCUCGACGUUGUCUUCCUCGACCGCGAGGUGCUGCAGCUUGCGUUGGGGGCCCCGCGGCGGGCGAUCAACAACCUGCGGGACGGGGCGGGGAUCAACGCGGAGCCGGAGUGGACGCGCCGCAACCGCCUCCGCAUCUCGCUCGGCUACGACGAGGACCUCUUCCGCAGCGCGUGCGACGCCAAGAUGAACAUCGCCGCCCGCCUGAUGGAGAAGUGGGUCUUUGACACUUACUACGACCCCGCCCACUGCGGGAGCGUGGAUCAGUUCCUGCAGACGAAGUGCCCGCCGGUGUCGUUCUGGCUGGCCCACGGCUACGAUCUGGCGAGCGAGUACCGCUUUGACCACCAUGUCUCGCUGGCCGGCACCAUCUCCCAUAACUUUGCGAAGUACUACGGCGAGUUUCCCUUUGACAACCCCUACUGCCCCGGGGAGGACUUGAACACCAUGGCCUCCGUGCAGUGGCUCUGCAGGGCGUGGAAGCAGAUGCCGAUGGAGGACGCCACGGUGUGUGAGCUGCAGCUGGGCAUGCAACAACAACGGCCGCCGCCGUCACGAGAUUAG